AUAAGACAUGCAUUAUGCAUAAUAAGCAAAGUAAAGUCGAUCAGAAUUAGAUGAACAAUAAUAAUAUGGCUGAACCAAAGAAUUAUACGAAUCUUGAAAUGAGGUGGAGUCUUGAGGGAAAAACAGCUCUCGUUACCGGUGGAUCUCGAGGAAUAGGGCAUGCCAUAGUGGAAGAACUUGCAAAAUUUGGAGCCAUAGUUCACACGUGUUGUCGCAAGGAAAGUGAGUUGGAGAAGUGUUUGGAAAAGUGGAAAAAGAAGGGUUUCAAGGUAACUGGUUCAGUGUGCGAUGUUUCGCAAGGAGAUCAAAGAGAAAAACUUAUGGAAGCUGUUUCAUCAAUUUUCCAAGGAAAGCUCAACAUUCUUUGGUCACUUUAAGUGACCAGAUCAACGAAAAUCCUUGUUCGUACAAUGUGAUAAAGACUCUAGCGGGAAAUUAAGAUACAGAUUGGACGUCUCAACCACAUCUGCAGUUCAGGAGUACACAUCAC